UUUGUACUCAGCGCAUGGAAGACUCUAUGAAAAGCAGAACCUAAAUAAUUACAUUUCAGAAAAUAAUUACUGGAAAUGGAAACGCUAUUUUUUCCUGGCAAGUAUGUAUUCAACUAAUAAUAGAUGAAGAUGGGAAGUAGGACUGUGUGGAAGAGACAUUUUUACACUUCUUGGCGUUGCACUAAAUUAUAUAUUUUCCUGAUUGCCUCCUUCUGUUUCCUUUUGACAUAUAUAUUCUUGAUUCCCAGUGUUUCUCAUCACUUAGCUAUUUUACCUUCAAUCCAUGUUCAAGAAAAAUGGUAUAGAGUUUUCUUUUUUGCCAGAGAUACUGAGGAAGAAAGCAAAGGAAGUGUUUUCUUCAGAAAGGACAGCAUGUCCGGUGCUGAAGAGUCUUCACAGAAAAGUCAGGAACCAGAAGGAGAUGCUAAUUUGUCCAGCAGCAUUAGCAAAAGAAUCCCAGAGAACUACAUUCAUCUCCAUUCCUACCGUUUUCUCAUUAAUGAAAGUGACAAGUGUGCAGAAAGAGCCCCUUUCUUGCUACUUUUAAUAGCAACCAAGUUUGAUGAGCAUGAACAUAGGCAAGCAAUCAGGAAGACAUGGGGUAAUGAAAAGCUGGUUCCAGGCGUGGAGAUCAUUCGCUUGUUUAUGUUAGGGGUGAAUAAGAGGGUCACAAACCAAGCCAUACUGAGAGAAAGCCAGCAUUAUCGUGACAUCAUUCAACAGGAAUUUGUAGACACCUACCAAAACUUAACCCUCAAAACUCUAAUGGGCAUGAAAUGGGUCACUACCUAUUGCUCUAAAGCUAGUUUUGUUAUGAAAACCGACAGUGAUAUGUUCGUGAAUACGGAAUAUUUGAUACAAAAGUUGCUAUGGAAUGUUAAACUUCCCAAGACAGACUACUUUACUGGCUCCAUUAUGAUAGGGUAUCAACCACAUCGUUUCAAAACAAGCAAGUGGUACAUGCCAAAAGAAAUGUACCCAGAAGAUGAAUACCCUAAUUUUUGUUCAGGAACUGGCUAUGUUUUCUCCACGGAUGUAGCCACAAAGAUUCUUAACAGGUCUUUAAAGGUGCCAUAUUUAUAUUUAGAAGAUAUAUAUGUAGCGCUGUGUCUCAAAAGAGAAGGAAUAAGCUUGACACCUCCACCAAGAGGGGCAUUGUUUAACAUACACAGUAUUCCAUUUUCUCCAUGCACUUACCACAAUUUAAUCACCUCCCAUGAAGUUAGUCCAAAUAAUCUACUAUUUUUCUGGAAAACAUUGCAAGACAAGAAGCAUGAAUGCCCUUAAGAAAGAUGUGAGACAGUGCUCUUCUGGGAGUUAUCCAGACAGCAGGUUUUCAUGAAUACCUACUGCUAUAGCUAGUAAUG